AUGAAAGAGAAGUCCAAAAAUGCUGCCCGGACUAGACGGGAGAAAGAAAACAGUGAAUUUUAUGAACUGGCUAAAUUACUACCCCUGCCCUCCGCCAUCACCUCUCAGCUGGACAAAGCAUCCAUAAUCAGACUCACCACCAGCUAUUUAAAAAUGAGGGUGGUUUUUCCAGAAGGACUUGGAGAAGCCUGGGGCCACUCUAGCCGAACCAGCCCGCUGGAUAACGUUGGCCGGGAACUGGGAUCCCAUCUUUUGCAGACGUUGGACGGUUUCAUAUUUGUCGUGGCUCCGGAUGGCAAGAUCAUGUACAUCUCGGAGACCGCCUCGGUGCACCUGGGCUUGUCGCAGGUAGAGCUGACCGGCAAUAGCAUUUACGAGUACAUCCACCCCGCCGACCACGAUGAGAUGACGGCGGUGCUCACGGCCCACCAGCCCUACCACUCGCACUUUGUGCAGGAGUACGAGAUCGAGAGGUCCUUUUUCCUGAGGAUGAAGUGCGUCCUGGCCAAGAGGAACGCGGGCCUGACUUGCGGGGGCUACAAGGUCAUUCACUGCAGCGGGUACCUGAAGAUCCGGCAGUACAGCCUGGACAUGUCCCCCUUCGACGGCUGCUACCAAAACGUUGGCUUGGUCGCCGUGGGCCACUCGCUGCCGCCCAGCGCCGUGACGGAGAUCAAGCUCCACAGCAAUAUGUUCAUGUUUCGGGCCAGCCUAGACAUGAAGCUCAUAUUCUUAGACUCCAGGGUAGCUGAGCUAACAGGUUACGAGCCCCAGGACUUGAUAGAGAAGACCCUUUACCACCACGUCCACGGCUGUGACACCUUCCACCUGCGAUGCGCGCAUCACUUGUUGCUGGUGAAAGGGCAAGUGACCACCAAGUACUACCGCUUCCUGGCCAAGCACGGCGGCUGGGUGUGGGUGCAGAGCUACGCCACCAUCGUGCACAACAGCCGCUCGUCCCGCCCGCACUGCAUCGUCAGCGUCAACUACGUCCUCACGGAUACUGAAUAUAAAGGACUACAGCUCUCCCUGGAUCAGGUCACUGCUACCAAGCCGGCAUUCUCAUACGCAAAUUCAACUCCGACCAUAACGGAUAAUAGAAAGGGAAGCAAAUCCCGCCUCUCGAGCACAAAGUCAAAAUCAAGGACAUCACCAUACCCACAGUAUUCUGGAUUUCACACGGAGAGAUCUGAGUCUGACCACGAAAGCCAGUGGGGUGGGAGCCCCCUGACCGAUACAGCUUCUCCUCAGCUACUGGAACCCACAGACAGACCGAGCUCCCAGCACCACGAUGUCUCCUGUGCCUACAGACAGUACUCGGACCGCAGUGCUCUCUGCUACGGUUUUGCACUCGACCACUCCAGGCUGACCGAUGACAGACAUUUCCAUACUCAGGCCUGUGAAGGAGGCAGAUGUGAAGCUGGCCGGUAUUUCCUUGGCACGCCGCAGCCGGGAAGGGAGAGCUGGUGGGGUUCUCGUUCAGCAUUGCCCCUGACUAAAUCAUCCCCUGAGAGCAGAGAAGCGUAUGAAAACAGUAUGCCUCACAUAACGUCGGUGCACAGGAUUCAUGGGAGAGGACACUGGGAUGAGGACAGUGUCGUUAGCUCACCUGAUCCUGGCUCUGCCAGUGAAUCAGGCGACCGAUACCGUACUGAGCAAUAUCAGAGCAGUCCACAUGAGCCCAGCAAAAUUGAAACUCUAAUAAGAGCCACCCAGCAAAUGAUUAAAGAGGAAGAAAACAGACUACAGCUGCGAAAAACGACACCGGAUCCACUGGUCUCCAUUAAUGGCACAGGGAAGAAGCAUGCUAUCUGUUUUGCAAACUACCCUCAGCAGCAGUUGGCAGGGGAUGUCUGCCGCGUCCCGACGGUUGCCAACACUCCUCCCUGUGAACACAUCCAGCAACGAGAUGGAAAGAUUAUGAGUCCACAUGAAAAUGACUAUGACAACAGCCCCACAACACUGUCUAGGAUAAGCAGCCCCAAUUCUGACCGAAUAUCAAAAUCUAGUUUGGUACUAGCUAAAGACUACCUGCACUCAGACAUGUCCCCUCAUCAAACCCCAGGGGACCACCCAGCAGCCUCUCCAAAUUAUUACAGCUCCCACAGGCAGUACUUUGAUAAGCAUGCUUACACAUUAACUGGAUAUGCCCUGGAGCAUCUAUAUGACACUGAAACCAUUAGAAACUAUUCACUAGGCUGUAAUGGAUCACACUUUGAUGUGACUUCUCACUUAAGGAUGCAGCAAGAUCCAGCACAAGGACACAAGGGAACAUCUGUUAUAAUAACCAAUGGAAGCUGA